AUGUCGAAGGCAGCAAUAGAAAUGCCUCCAAAGGGUGGGUUCAGCUUUGAUUUAUGCAAAAGGAAUGAGAUGCUUGCGGCAAAGGGUUUAAAGAAACCAUCUUUUCUCAAGACCGGGACUACCAUUGUGGGCUUAAUUUUUAAGGAUGGUGUUAUUCUUGGAGCAGAUACACGGGCCACUGCCGGGCCCAUUGUUGCAGAUAAGAAUUGUGAAAAGAUUCAUUACAUGGCCCCUAAUAUUUAUUGCUGUGGAGCUGGUACUGCUGCUGAUACAGAGGCAGUAACUGACAUGGUCAGUUCUCAGCUGAAGCUACACCGGUAUCAUACUGGUCGCGAGUCCAAAGUGGUUACAGCUCUUUCACUGUUGAAGUCUCAUCUUUUUAGCUACCAAGGACAUGUUUCAGCUGCUUUGGUGCUCGGUGGAGUUGAUGUCACUGGCCCUCACUUGCACACCAUCUAUCCGCAUGGUUCGACAGACACAUUGCCAUUUGCUACAAUGGGCUCUGGCUCUCUUGCUGCAAUGGCUGUUUUUGAAUCAAAAUAUCGUGAAGGGCUUAGCAGGGACGACGGGAUAAAAUUAGUAGCUGAGGCCAUCUCCUCAGGCAUAUUCAAUGACUUGGGAAGUGGAAGCAAUGUUGAUAUCUGUGUAAUAACAAAGGGUAAUCAAGAGUACCUAAGAAACCAUUUGUUGCCAAAUCCUCGUACUUAUAUCAGCGAACAGGGUUAUUCAUUUUCAAAAAAGACCGAGGUGUUGAUGACAAAGAUUACACCACUCAAAGAGAUUGUUGAAGUGAUUGAAGGAGGAGAUGCAAUGGAAGAAUGA